AUGCCACGCAGAGCACAUAAAAAAUCCAGAAAUGGCUGUGUGGAAUGUAAACGGCGGCACGUCAAGUGCGAUGAGCGGCGGCCGACAUGCGUCAAUUGCUCGAUUUCGGAACGGCACUGCGAAUAUCUGGCAGAACCAACUCCCGCGGCUACAAGAGCUCAGACUGAAGCCAGCCUUACAGCUCGCUCGUCACCAGCCGUAGCGUCAUCAGCAGGAAGUGUCCCUGCUUCGACGCGGGAAGAAGACUUCCCUUCGGCUAAUAUGUUGCAUUUUGAACUCCUCUACCAUCUGUCAACAGAAACUAUUCCAUCAGUGGAGCUGAAUUCUGAGCAAAUUAAGAUUCCUGUCAGCGAGCUCUUCCGAGUUUGCGUGUCCGCUCCUUAUGCGAUGAAUGAGGCCUUGGCACUCGCUGCGUUGCACUUGGCUGCCGUUUCCUCCCCGGACAAGAAAGAUUUCUACAGGACUCAUGCAGGAUACCUGCAGACAAAAGCUCUCUCCAUGUUUAAUGCCAUGAAGCCGGAAGUGAAUGCUGAGACUAGUGGCGCAAUAUUUCUCUUCUCAGUAAUGCUGGGGAAUCAUCUGUUGUCUGAUGCACUUGUUUUCCGUGAUACUGAUUUUAACAAUUUCAUGGAAAAACUGUCCCAGUCCAUUCAUUUGUUUCGGGGAGUCCGCGUUGUCGCCGGUCUGUCAUUUCAUAUACUUGCGGAGACCCCAUUGAGCCCAAUGCUUCGAUAUAACAAGAUGCCAUCCGAUCGUGAUGGAUUUCUCGGACCGGAAUGUCAAAGACUACUGGACCUCGUUACAUCGGCACGGCUGGGGCAAUCGAUCACAGACUGUUACAAGGAUGCGAUUGAGAAUCUCCAGCUUGCAAGCAACUCAGCGAACUCCGACCCGGGAUUCAUGAGCAAAUCCCCGAUAGCCGCAUGGCCAGUGCGUGUGUCUGACGAGUAUUUUGACGCUUUGAAAGCGCGGCGUCCCGAAGCGUUGAUUAUCUUCGCUCAUUAUGCUGUGUUGCUACAUAGCAUCCGUGACUCGUGGCUUUUUUGCGAUUCUGGACUGUUUCUGAUAGAAUCCAUCAAUGCAUUUCUUGGUCCUGGAUGGGAGGAGUGGAUGGCCUUUCCGAAUAGCGUUCUCGAUACGGGUUCUGCACACUUUUCCAGGUGA